AUGGCUCACUAUGUUUUCUACUAUAUCCCCAUCAAUCCUCCUCGCUACUGUGAUUUUUCAUAUCCAAAGUAUUGGACUAAGAUCCACUUUAACCAGGAUGUUGACUUUUAUUGUACCCAGUCAUACUCUCUUUAUGUGGACAAGGUGACAAUGAGGGAGGAAAUUCAUUCUUGGUUUCCGGGACUUGGUUAUAAGGAAUGGUUAGACACCGAUGAGCAUGAACAAAGUAAGAAAGCUGAAUAUGUUCUACCUCCUGGUAGAUUCCCAAGGGAGGUGAAUCAUUUUAUAAAGACACCAGACAUCUUCUCUUCACGACUUCCACGCACUCCUGAGGAGGAUUAUGUUAUUGUUUUGACGUUGGAUUUACCCUUCAUCCAAAAUCAUCUCGAGGGGGAUAAGAUGGAAAUAGGUUAUGAACUUACUCAUAGCAUGUUCAAGGUUGCUUUUAUUUUUUCUCUUGUUUCUGCUAAACGAGGUGAUGCAUUGGCCCCUGGAAGUUCUUUUAAGGAUAUGGAUGUUUGGAAAGGGAAGGACGAACCUAUGGAGAUGAAGUAA